CGGCUAUGCGCGUAAAUGACGUCAUACCGCAGCGGUGCAUUGUGGGAUUGCGGAGGAGUGGGGUGGUGAAUGGUGCAAACACAACUUCAGAAAUGGACGUGUUUUUAAUGAUCAGGCGUCAUAAGACGACCAUCUUUACCGACGCGAAAGAGUCUACGACUGUUUACGAGCUGAAGCGCAUUGUUGAGGGCAUCCUGAAGAGACCGCCUGAGGACCAGAGGCUUUACAAGGAUGAUCAGCUGCUAGAUGACAGUAAAACACUGGGAGAUUGUGGGUUUACUAGUCAGACAGCCAGACCUCAGGCUCCUGCUACAGUCGGACUCGCCUUCCGAAUUAGUGAUGAUGCAUUUGAGCAGCUACAAGUAGAUCCCUUCUCAAAUCCUCCUGAGCUUCCUGACGUAAUGAAGCCUCAGGAUUCAGGCAGCACAGCCAACGAGCAGUCUGUGCAGUAAAAACUUGAAGAACACAACACAACUGGAGGGGGGAAAUCUGCCGCUCUGUUACAAGGAGGUUCCACCUGGACUGAGCACUCGGAAGGGGUCAGGGGUUUCAGAAACCAAAAAACAGGACACAGCCGACCCCACCCCCACCCCAUCCUAUAUACACACACGCACACACAAUCAUCAUCCAGCUUAUUAAAUUUCCUUGUUAAUUCUGAACUGAUGCUCAUUUCCACUUUACUUUGUCUGACACAAACAAGCACACACACACUCUAUGUUAAAUCUAAACGCGGCUUGUUUUUGCAGUGUAGAGACAUUUGUGUUGAUAGUGUUCAUUAAAACGGAAAGAAAAUGCAAUUGGUUUUUUGCAGUAAGAGAGAUUGUGAUGUUUGAGGGACGCAUGUGGGAAUUACAGCAUAUUUUUCACUCAAGCCUGCAUCUAUAGUGCAUUAUGUAAUUUAUCUUUUUUUUUUUAAGUAUGAAUUAAACAACCCUUUUAUGCACUGAUAUUAAAGAUCUGAGUUUUA